GACUGUCAGGAGAGGAAACCAGAUGUCAGAGACAGGCAGCGUCACUCGGCGUGGGAGUAAUGAGAAGGCAGCAAGACGUGAAAAGGGAGACGGGAAGAGAAGGAGGCGUUACUAAGUUUAUAUAGGAUUUGUUACACCAAAGACAGUAAGGCCAAGGGUGUCGAUAAAGACAUUUGACAGGAGAGAGGAGGGCAUAGAGCUGUGUUAAACAGUGGCACUAAACAGUACAGUUCUAUAUACUGUGGAAAGAGGAGACAGGUGAAACUGUAGCAGUUUUGGGGUUGAGAGAUAAGGGUAUUUGGGGGGAACAGUGGAACCGGUGGAACAGUAGCAGUGUCAUACAGCCGUAUCCUUUAGGAGCUGUAUCGUCUUGCAUAGCUUGAGGACUACAGAACCAGCAGAGCGAUGAGUAACAUUUUUAUGAUAGAAUUUAUCUCUCUUCUGGCUGUCUCUGCAACCUGGAGCCAGGAUACAGGAGUUAACCACAACAUUUCUGCCAGCUCACACUCUUUCCUAACCUCAAUUGUGACCACAGGCCGUCCACCUAUAAUUGCUGUUACCCGGAGUGUAGUGGCCAGAGAAGGACAGGACCUCAACUUAAUGUGCAGCAACAAAACUUGGAAUGAGAUGAUCUACACCAUUUGGAAAAUAAACAUUGAUGGAUCCGAGUGUCAAGUAUCAUUUGAUAAUCAAAAGGAACUUAACACAUGCAACGAUGGAAAGCAAAUGCACAACUCAACCAGAGGUGAAUCCUACCUGCUUAUUCCUCAGUUCUCAGUCAGGGACCAGGGUGUCUACCACUGUGAGUCAGUCUACAAAGGUGGGAUCAACUCUCAAGACAUUACCGUAACAAUUAUAGCCCCUCCCGAGGUUAAAUUCCAGCUGGAAAUGAUCGAAGGGAGAAGAGUGGCUGUGUGUUUGGUUAAAGGCAAACCAGCUGCCUCCAUUUCAUGGAGAAACACGUGGAACUCUUCAAUCACCCCGCAGAACACCAAUGACUCAAACCAAGUGACCAGUUCUCUACCCUUGCCAGAAGGCGUCAAUACCGAAAACCUGACCUGUGCAGUCACACAUCCAUUCUGGAACCAGGAGAAAAUGUAUCUACCGACAAACGAGACAGUUGAAGCCACCCAAGACACCCGGCCUUGGCUUCUAGUCAGCAUCUCUGUGGUAACUAUAACGAUCAGCGUCAUCAUGGUAACCCUGGGCGGUUUAUACUUUACACGAAAACACCUCUGCAGAAUAAGGUGUGUGAAUCCUACUCACGUUAAAGAGCCGCCACGCCGUCGGUGUCCAAGGCUCCGCAGCCACAGGACUGUGUGGAGGAAGUGGAGCCCUACGCCAGCUAUGUUCAGCGAGUCAAUUCCAUCUACAACUCCUCUGCAGAGCUUUUCACAUAGCACACGCUCACGCACUCACAUGCACAUCUCACCGUGACGCUGUGAGAAAAUGCCAGUAGAUGAAAGUUAGAAAAGCCACCAUGAGACAGUAAAUGAAACAGAGAGAGAGAGAGAGA